CCCGCUCCCGGGUAAAGGUCCCGCCCCCUCCUGGAGUAACGAAUCUGCCGCUCUUGAUCCGUCGCUAGCUCAGUUUAGGCGGUUGUCAGGGAGAAACAAAAUGGCGGCAGCGACGGAGGAAGAUACAGAACUGCGGGAUCUCCUGGUACAGACGCUGGAAACUAGUGGGGUGCUAAAUAAAAUCAAGGCAGAAUUGCGAGCAGCUGUAUUUCUAGCACUAGAAGAGCAAGAAAAAGUAGAGAACAAAACUCCUCUGAUAAAUGAAAGUUUGAAAAAGUUUUUAAAUACAAAAGAUGGCCGAUUGGUGGCUGGUCUUGUUGCUGAAUUUCUUCAGUUCUUCAAUCUUGAUUUUACCUUGGCUGUCUUUCAGCCUGAAUCCAGCACAGUAAAUGGGCUUGAGGCUCGAGAGAACUUAGCUCGAGAUUUGGGAAUUAUAGAGGCUGAAGCAACGAUGGAUGGGCCAUUACUUCUGGAAGUGGUCAGAAGAUGUCGGCAAAAGAAAGGCAUUGCUAACAGUGUAGAAGCAGUCCCAGUUCUAUCUGACAUUGUGCAUUCUCCAAAAUCAUCAGAAGGAAAACCUAACAUGCAUCCGCUGCCAAGUAAGAUACCAAGGUAUAAAGGACAUCGUAAACAGAAACAGUGCUUGGAUACGACUGAGCAGGCUACUGAAACCAGUACUAGCAAUACAAGUGUCUCAUCUGGAGAAGCAAAGAGCAAAGGCAGUAUUCACUUCUUACCCAAUGAAACAAAACUAAUUUCUCAACCAAACAAAGACAUGGAUACCAAAGAAAAGAAUAAUCUAGCACUAGAGGAAGAUGAUGCAGAUGGAGACUCUUUCUUUGAUGAUCCCUUACCAAAACCAGAACGAUCAUAUGGCUGGAAAAAUGACUCUAGCAAAGAAGAAAAUGCUGCAUCUCUUUCUGAUGCACCACCUAUAAAGAGUGGGCUGAGUUCUUUGGCGGGAGCACCUCCAUUAAAGGAGUCUGACAAUGCAAACUUGAUUCUGAAAGAUGUAAAGAUGGUAAAUUCUAAACUUGGAUCACUUGAACUAGGUGAUGAAGAUGAAUAUGUUGAUGAUUUCAACAGUACCAGUCAUCGGUCAGAAAAAAGUGAAGCCAGCAUUGGUGAAGAAAUAGAUGACAUUUCUGUGGAAUUAGAAGACUUCAAUACUAGUGAUAAACUUGAAGACCUCACACAAGACUUUACCAUUUCUCAGUUAAGCGGUGAUGCAGAUUACCUAGAGGAUGUUGCAUGAUUAGAGGGCAGAAUCUUAAUUUGUUCAAUUGAGGACUUUUGUAGACCACAUUUAAGACAAUCACUCUACUGAAAUAUCCCUUCCCAAAUUGUGCCUUGUGUUUCAAAGGAGGGGGGAAGAAACCUGGAAAUGGGGAAAGAGUUUUCAAAUUUUCAAGAACCGAAAGAAUGCUUUUGUUUUGGAGUGUAGUAUUGGAAAUUGUUGUCUAGUUCAGCUAAACUUUUCAUGGAAGGUGUUGGAUGGUUCCCAGGAAGAAGUCUGUUGCAGGCAACAGACACAUCAAGCUGAUUGAUCUACAAGAAUUCACAAGGGAAGAAAUAAGCAAGCAGAAGAAUAAUGUAAGAUGUGUGGCUUAAAAUUAUGGUAACCACCUAGGUUUUUUUGCUGAAGAAGAAAACAUUCAAGUGGUUUCAACUUGUUCUUCUGUUGACCCAAUUACAAUUAGUCAUUUCAAAACUAUUUUUCUGUAAUAGCUAUUGAAGUUACAUCAGUGAUCAAGGGAUAUGAUCCAAGAGUUUACUGACUGGUUAAGAUGCCUAACCUGAGGCAUAUUAAAAGACCUUACAUUUGAACAAAGAAUUCCUAUGUUUUCUAGUAAGUUGGUCCCUUGUUGCAACUUGGGUUCUUAGUUUUGUGUGGCCAAGAUCACUAGGUACUUCUGAAAACUGCAGCUGGAAUAUGAGCCUUAACUCUAAACUUAUUUUUAUAUAUAUUUAAACAUUUGUUACUCUAGUCUUUUGUUUGUUAAUUUAAUGAAAGCUAUAAAUGGUUAUUAGCAUGAGUUAUCUUUGAAACACAGUUUGAUGCAGAAUAAAACUGUUCCAAGAGGGGCUGUUUAAUGUUUGGGAAAGUUCUGUAAUAAGAACCCGUCAUUUAAAUAA